AUGUCGAUUCAUCCAUUUGCCCCCGCCAAGGACUACGAAAUUAGAUUAGCUUCAAAGUUGGUCAAAGAUGCUUACCCAGCUUCCGCUAACGUCCAUUUUGUUCAAAUUGAUAGAUGUGAUCCGCCAAAGAAAUCAAUGAUUGAAUACCUUGCAGCUGAAAGAGAAGGAUUGCCAACUCCACAAAUUCCAAGAAUUUUCUACUGCUACUAUUACACCAAUACUUUUGACUUUAACAAGGCCUUGGUCAAUGUCACAGUUGGACACAUCAUCACAAAAGUUCAACAACCAAAGGGUGUUUUUGGACCACAUUUGCCGGAUGAUAUGGGAGAAAUGGAAAAGCACUGUCUCAACCAUCCUGCUGUUAAAGCCGAAAUUGAAAAGUUGAAGUUGCCAAAAGGUUACAGUGUCAGAAAUGAUCCUUGGAUGUAUGCUAUUGAUAAUCCAAACGAGAAGAGACUUAUGAUUCAGUGCUUCAUGUACGUUUUGGCUGGUAAUGGUCACAGUGAGUCCAAUCAUUACUCCUUGCCUUUGAAGUUUUCGCCAGUUUUCGAAGCUUUUACCAAAAAAUUCAUUAGAAUUGAUCUUUUGCCAGGAGGAUUUGAUGAAACAACAGUGCCAACCGGACCAUGGCAAGAAGUUCCAUGUAGCGAAUACCAUCCUGACUUGAACGGGGAAACUGUGGCAAGGGAUGUCAAACCAUUGUUGGUUUCGCAACCAGAAGGACCAUCGUUUACUGUCAAGGAUGGUUUGGUCAAGUGGCAAGGUUGGGAGUUUAGAGUUUCUCCAACUGUUAGAGAGGGUUUUGCUGUGUAUGAUGGUUGGUUCAAGGGAAGACAAGUAUUUUACAGAAUCUCAUUGUCUGAAAUGACUGUCCCUUAUGGUGAUCCAAGAAAGCCAUAUCAUAGAAAGCAAGCUUUCGAUUUGGGAGACUGUGGGUUUGGUGCUCAUGGUAACAGGUUGGCUUUGGGAUGUGACUGUUUGGGUGUCAUCAAGUACAUGGAUGGACAUAGUAUCAAUGCCCAAGGUGAACCAUUCACCAUUCCAAACACGGUUUGUAUGCAUGAGCAAGAUGAUGGGUUGUUGUACAAGCACGUCAACUAUAGAACUUUGAAUGCUGUUGUUGCAAGAAAGAGAAUAUUUAUAGUUCAAACAAUUGCAACCGUUGCCAAUUACGAGUACAUCAUCAACUUGAAAUUUGUCACUGACGGCUCCAUUGAUAUUGAAACUAGAGCCACUGGUAUCUUGUCAACUAUGCCAAUUGAUGAAAAUGUCAAGGUACCUUGGGGUACCGUUGUUGCACCAAAUUGUAUGGCUGCUUACCAUCAACACAUCUUGUCAUUCAGAAUUGACCCUGCUGUCGAUGGACACAAGAACACGGUUGUUUUCGAUGACACCGUCAAGAUGCCCAAGGAUAACGACUUGAAUCCAUUUGGUAUUGGGUUUGUUACCGAUCGCCACUAUGUUGAAAAAGCAGGAUAUGUCGAACAAUCUCCAUUCACAAACAGAACUUACAAGAUCAUCAACGAAAAUAUCAUCAACCCAAUUUCCAAAACUCCAGUUGGCUACAAGAUCGGUAUGCCAGCUAGACAAAUGUUGUUGGCCGAUAAAGAUUCGUUCAACACAAAGAGAGCCAAAUUCGCUACUCAACAAGUUUGGGUCACAAAAUACCGUGACCAUGAAUUGUUUGCUGCUGGAGAAUUUACCAACCAAUCUCAAAAAGAUACCGGUAUUGGUGUGUGGGCCAAUGGUGUUGAUGAUGUCAGAAAUGAAGAUUGUGUUGUUUGGGCCACCUUGGGAUUCACACAUAUUCCAAGAGUAGAGGAUUUCCCAGUCAUGCCGGUGGAGACUCACAAUAUCCAGUUGGCACCAUUUAACUUUUGGGAUAGGAACCCUGCUUUGGAUAUCCCUCAAGCUAACAACACUUUCAACAAGAGUAUUUUGGUAGAAGGGAAAAAUGAAGAUGCUUGCUGCAAAACAAAGAUAUAG